CGGUUUGAAUGGCGUGGCGGGAACAUGGCGGCGCGGCCGCUUUCUCCGCCGCCCCGCGCCGGGCGCCGCCGCCUCCCCGCCGGCCUGUACUCAGUCCCCCCGGGCCCAGCCCCUCAGGGCAAUGCCAACAGAUGAACAUUCCUGAGGACCAAGCAGACAAGUUGCUUCUAGCAAGCUGGGGCCUUCCCAAAGCAGUCCUGGAGAAAUACCACAGCCUGGGAGUUGUGCAUAUGUUCGAAUGGCAGGCAGAGUGCCUGAUGCUUGGGCAAGUCCUGGAGGGGAAGAACCUUGUUUACUCAGCUCCUACCAGUGCUGGGAAAACAUUGGUUGCUGAGUUACUCAUUUUGAAAAGAGUCCUGGAGACCCAUAAGAAAGCUUUGUUCAUCCUCCCAUUUGUCUCUGUGGCCAAAGAGAAAAAGUAUUAUCUUCAGGCUUUGUUUCAAGAGGUGGGUGUACAGGUUGAAGGCUAUAUGGGAAGCGCCUCCCCAGCUGGACGUUUCUCUACCUUGGAUGUUGCUGUCUGCACGAUUGAGAGAGCUAAUGGUCUAAUCAACAGACUCAUAGAGGAAAACCAGAUGGAUUUACUGGGUAUGGUGGUUGUGGAUGAGUUGCACAUGCUGGGAGAUUCUCACCGGGGUUAUCUGCUGGAACUCCUGCUGACCAAAGUUCGUUUUAUUACAGAGAAAGUCACCAAAAGACAGGCAAAGGCAAGCAGUCCUGCUUCUGGUGGAAUACAGAUUGUUGGCAUGAGUGCCACCCUCCCUAACUUGCAUCUGCUAGCUUCCUGGCUUAAUGCUGAGCUGUACCACACUAAUUUUCGCCCUGUGCCCCUCAUGGAAUGGGUGAAAAUUGGCAGCAAUAUUUAUGACUCAUCAAUGAAUCUAGUGCGGGAAUUUCAGCCCAUGCUGCAAUUGAAGGGAGAUGAGGACCAUGUUGUAAGCCUGUGCUAUGAGACUGUUCGUGAUGGUCAUUCAGUCCUGCUCUUCUGUCCAUCCAAGAACUGGUGUGAGAAGCUGGCAGACAUCAUAGCUAGAGAGUUCUGCAACCUGCAGCUGUCUGAGAGAAAAACUUCAAACCUUCCACCAAUCCCCUUGAACAAAGAGGGAAUAGAGGAGGUGAUGGACCAGCUAAGACGAUCACUCUCGGGUUUGGACUCUGUGCUCCAGCGAACUUUACCAUGGGGAGUAGCAUUUCAUCAUGCAGGUCUUACCUUUGAUGAACGGGAUGUCAUUGAAGGGGCUUUUCGCCAGGGACUGAUUCGAGUCCUGGCAGCAACUUCUACACUUUCUUCUGGGGUGAAUUUGCCUGCGCGCCGGGUAAUUAUCCGAACUCCUGUGUUUGGUGGCAAACUCUUGGACAUUCUGGCUUACAAGCAGAUGGCUGGGAGGGCUGGCAGAAAAGGAGCAGACACAGUGGGUGAGAGCAUUCUAGUGUGCAAGCCCUCAGAGAGGUCUAAAGGCAUUGCUCUGCUGCAGGGAUCCCUCAAGCCUGUCCGCAGCUGCUUGCUCAGAAGAGAGGGAGAAGGAAUUACUUCUAGCAUGAUACGAGCAAUCCUUGAGAUCAUCGUGGGUGGAGUGGCCAGCACUCCAGAUGAUGUCUGGACCUACGCUUCCUGUACGCUUCUUGUUGCCAGUUUGAAAGAUAACGAGCAGGGGAGUGAGAAAAAUGAGGACCGAGUUCAGAAUGGAGCUAUCGAGGCUUGUGUGGCAUGGCUGCUGCAGAAUGAAUUCAUCCAGGUUUCAGGCCCUAGCGAUGGAGUGAAAGCAGAGGUCUAUUGCCCAACGCAUCUUGGCUCUGCUACUCUUUCCUCUUCUCUUUCACCAAUGGAAGCCCUGGAAAUUUUUGCUGACCUCCAGAGAGCUAUGAAGGGGUUUGUCCUGGAGAAUGACCUGCAUAUAGUCUAUUUGGUCACUCCUGUAUAUGAGGAGUGGACUACAAUUGACUGGUACCAGUUUUUCUGCCUGUGGGAGAAGCUACCCACUUCAAUGAAGCGAGUUGCUGAGCUGGUGGGAAUUGAAGAAGGCUUCCUUGCACGCUCUGUAAAGGGUAAAAUCAUAGCCAAAACGGAGAAACAGCACCGACAAAUGGCUAUCCACAAGAGGUUUUUCACCAGCCUGGCACUACUGGAUUUAAUCAGUGAGGUUCCCUUAAAAGAUAUUACCAAAAAAUAUGGCUGUAGCCGUGGCCAGCUUCAGUCCUUACAACAGUCUGCUGCCACCUACGCAGGAAUGGUAACAGUUUUCUCUAAUCGGCUGGGCUGGCACAACAUGGAACAGUUGCUCUCCCAGUUUCAGAGUCGCCUCACCUUUGGUGUCCAUAGGGAGCUAUGUGACCUGGUUCGAGUGUCUCUGCUGAAUGCGCAGCGUGCCAGAACUCUUUAUAACACUGGCUUCGUUACUGUGGUUGACCUGGCGAAAGCAAAUCCUGCUGAUGUGGAAACUGCCCUGAAGAAUACAGUGCCAUUCAAAAGUCUUCGUAGGGCAGUGGAUGAAGAUGAAGAGGCAGCUGAGGAGCGCAGGAACACUCGCUGCAUCUGGAUGGCUGGAAUGAAGCAUGUCACUGAAAAAGAAGCUGCCUCCCUUAUUGUGGAGGAGGCUAGAACACUCCUGCAGCAGGACUUGGCUGUGAUGGGAGUAGAGUGGAACCCAGAUUCUUACCUGGACUCCGAGUCAUCCUCUUCCAUGAUCAGCAGCGAGUCAGAUCUGGAGAACAGAAAAUACAGACUGAGCAGGGAGGGGUCAUUUGAGACCCUAAAAGCAUUUAACAAGGAAAGAUAUGGACUUCACCCCAACUCUCAGUCUGGGACUUCAGCAAAGAUUGAAAAGGCAAAUAAAAGAUUGCUAGGUGCCAGUACCCCAAAGUGCAGGCUGCAGAGCGAGGCCCAGAUAGAUCAGAUUCAAACAGAGGAAGGAAACAAUGAUGUCAUUGUACAGAGUGCUAGAAAACGACCACAUUUGAGCAAAGAUAAAGAAAACAUGGAAUUUACUUCCAAGAGAAAAAGCAGGGCAAGCUCCAGGGAAACAAGUCAAGAAUCCCCUACUGAAGAAGGCAAAAGAUCAACCUUGAGAUUUGUUCCAACAAAAAAUUCUGCUAUAUGUAGGCCAAGGAUAACAAUGGGUGGAUGCUUAAAUCAAAGUAGAAACUGCAACAGGGCUUUGAAGCAACAUAGGUCACUGCUUGAAGAAUCAAGGAGGCAAGUAAAAGGUGUAAAAGGGCCCCCUCUUUCCAGACACAGCAAUUGUGAAGGUAAAUCCUUUCCAGAUGGAAGUAAUAAGGAACUGACAGAAAAAGGAUCAUUGGUUCACAAGGACAAAAUCUCAGGAUCUUUUCAUGAACAUUAUCUGCUUAUAGGGAGCAAAGAGAAAAUGGAAGGACUGCUUAUGGAGCCUUUUGUUACUAAGGAAUGCAAGCCUAAAGAAAAAACAAUUUGUCAGGCAUCUAGGGAUGUUAUAAUGAGGGAUGCUACAACUGUGAGAAUGGAGACAAGUAACACUGUGGGAGGCCUGAUGGUACCUAGUAGGGAGUUGAAAAAUGAGAAUAUUAUUGCCGAAGACAGUAAAGUUCAUGCUGGAAAAAAAUAUGCUGAACGGAUAUCUGGAAAACAGCAGAUGAUUCUAGAUACAGACCUCUGUAAUGAAAUAGUCGGCAGUUCUGCAAAAACACAUGAGAGUGAUGGUACACACGAGCAGAAAACUGUUUGUUAUGAACCUAAAUCCUGCCUUUUCCCAAUUCAAAGCAAAGGCAAACAUAGCAGUGAAAGGCCCAAUGGCAUAUUGUUCCAGAGUGGAGGUGUGGGUAAAGCUGCUGAUAAUCAGCCUGAGGAUUUUUUGAGAGACUCCACAAUAAAAUCCAGAGCUGUUUGUAUUGCAAAAAGUAGCAAAAAUGGUUAUGCCCGUGAUCUGUCCUUGGACUACAGAUACUUUGAGGACAGCUUCCAGUUGGAUACUCAGACAGAUAGGAUAAUACAGCAGCAGGUGGCAUCUGAAAUUGCAGGACAUCAGGGAGCAAAAGGCACAGAGCGGGCAGCCAUUGCUGUGCAGAAAACCUUCACAAAACUCCCCUGCGAUAACGCUUUUCAAACUGAGAGUGUCGCUGAUAAAAGCUUAGUUGCGGCAUUUAGAGAGAUGGACUCUUCAGGUCUUGUGACAACACUUGGUAUGAAACAACCCGCUGAUCUAUGUUGCAGUGAUAAAACUUUGGGCUCUGUGAGCUCUUGUUUACAGUCUGCAGUGAAAUUCCCAGAUGCUGCACUUUGUCUCAGAGGAAAUGAUUUUUCUGUCACUGACUCCCAGCUACAUGGCUUUUUACAAGGUUAUCUAACCCAACCUUCAGUGAAGGAGAGUGUCUGUCUAGGUCUUCAGAACAGAGCCCCCACCUCCAAUGGCCAGCAUCCAAACUUCAUUCAUGUACAAGUAGAAUGUCACCCUGUUCCUGAAACUAGUCUCAAUACAAGCAAUAGUUUGCUGUUUGAAGAUAGUUUCAGUGAUGUCAAUGACCCUUCUGGUAUUCGUGCAGGUGAAGCUGAAGGGAUGGAAACCAGGGAACAGGAGAUUCUACCUCUUCCUCCUAACACCAUUUCUAGCUCUCUUGUUGGCUGUCUGCAUCAGCAGAGCUGGGGGCCUAUUCAGGGUGUAUUGAGUAUAAAUCAGGUUGAGCAGCAGGAGCCACCACAGUGUAAUGAUGCGUCUCUUACGUUCUCUGAAAUUGAUUCUUUCCAGUUGGCUGAAGCUUUUGACAAUGUGAGCUCACCUCCUUUUCAAGGAGACUUGCCAUCUGCAGCUCUUUUUGAGCCAGAACUAAGAAAAUCUGUUGCACAAGAGGACUCCGGACCAAUGGACAUAGGAGGAGAUAAAAGUGUAAGACUGCAGAAAGCCCAACAAACUGUAAAAAAAAAUACCAAUCCAAUAGUAUGGAGCGAACAUUCAUUUGAGUUAAGCCCAGGGUUGCAAGAAAUUCUAGACAAGUGGCCUAGCCCUUCAGGCAAUAAACCUGCUUCAUCGAGACCAAGCAUCCCUGGAUCAAAGGAAAAAUUAGUUAUUUCAAACUGCAACCAAGAGCAAGGUGCAGUGUUUGAAUUUGGCUGUGGUCAGAAAAAGCCAUUACCCCUUUGCCAGGGUUUAGAGAACUAUUUGACAGGUAGAGAGAGCAAUAGGGGAGCCUUGGAACAAAAAUCAAAUUGUUCCCCUCAGUUUCUCAAGGGAAGCAGCAGGAAGUGUGAUCCUCAGCCAGAUAUUAGCAAUGGGCUUAUUCCUCCAGUGCCCCCUGUGGACCCUGCACCAAAGAGUUUUGGCACGUCCUCUCUGAAGUCUGGGAAAAAGAAAGAUGUCAUCCUCAUGAAUGGAGGCCCGCUCUGUCAGGGGCUGCAGAAUGGCAUACCUGCUUCAGACCAGCAAAUAGAAACACUGCAGUUUAAUCCAGAAAAUGGAGGCCUGCUUGAGACUGACUCUGUAAAAGACAAUUCUGUUCUAGACCAGGGCUUUUCACUGCACUUAUCUCAAGACGUUUUGCCACUUAUUUCAUGCAGUGCUGAAAGUUUCACUAUUAUUGAUGUGGCAAGUGACAUGGCUGUCUUCCAGACCUUCAUCCAAGAAUGGAGGGGCAAAAAUAGAUUUGCCAUCUCGGUGGCUUGUGAAAGAACAAAACGUCUCUUGUCCCCCAGAUCAACUAUAGGCGGCGGAUUUAAACAAGUAAGAUCUCCCCGGCAGAUCCAGGUUAAAGAUGAUGGAUUCCCUAUCAAAGGCUGUGAAGAUACCUUGAUAGUUGGGUUGGCAGUGUGCUGGGGUGGAAAGGAUGCCUACUAUGUCUCACUGCAGCAAAAGGCAGACGAUCAGGCUGAAGUCAGUGCCAGUUUGGCACCCCCUGCUUUGGAUCAGAACCUAUCUGUCAGUGAGAGACUGUGUCAUCUCCAGUCCUGCUUGCAGAAAGAGCCUGAGGGAAAGCACUGUCUGGUUAUGUACGACCUCAUCCAACACUACAAGACCCUGCUAAUGGCCUGUGGCAUCUCCCUGGAAGGAAGCUUUGAGGACCCAAAGGUAGCAUGCUGGCUGCUGGAUCCUGACUCUAAAGAAUGUACUCUUCACAACAUGGUUACCAGCUUUCUCCCUCAUGAACUCCCCCUGCUUGAAGGGAUAGGAACUGGCCAAGGGGUGCAGAGCUUGGGGCUUAGUGCCAGUGCUGAUCACUCUGGGCGGUACAGAGCAGCCAUAGAGUCUGUGCUCAUCUUUGGCAUCAUGAACCAGCUUAAUACACUGUUACAGAAGGAAAACCUAACAGAUGCUUUCUGCAAAGUGGAGAUGCCCACACAAUAUUGCUUGGCUCUGCUGGAGCUGAAUGGAAUUGGCUUUAGCACAGUGGCAUGUGAGACCCAGAAACACAUCAUGCAAGCUAAACUAAAUGAGAUUGAGACCCAGGCAUACCAGCUGGCAGGCCACAGCUUCUCCCUGACCAGCCCUGAUGACAUUGCAGAGGUCUUGUUUUUGGAACUGAAGUUGCCAAAUGGAGAUGUAAAAGCUCAAGGGAAUAAGAAAACUCUUGGUUACACAAGAAGAUGCACUACUAAAGGACACAGGGUCAGGCUGGGCAAGCAGUUCAGUACAACCAAGGAUGUUCUGGAGAAAUUAAAGACUUUACAUCCAUUACCAGGCCUGAUUCUAGAAUGGAGGCGAAUCACCAAUGCAAUGACCAAGGUGGUGUUUCCGCUGCAGAGGGAGAAGCGUUUGAAUUCUUUACUGGGGAUGGAGAGGAUCUAUCCGAUCUCUCAAACUCACACAGCUACAGGUCGUAUAAGCUUCACAGAGCCAAAUAUCCAGAAUAUUCCAAAAGAUUUUGAGAUUGAAAUGCCAACCCUGGUUGAAGAGAGCCCGCCUUCCCAAGCACAAAGAAAUGGCUCGGCUCUUCCUGGAGCCAGAAGUAGAAAGCAUUAUGGUAUCUUGCCUCGGGGCUCAAACUCUAUGGCCGAAGAGGGACCAAAGAGAAGAGGGAUGCCAUUUUCUGUGAGCAUGAGGCAUGCUUUUGUUCCCUUCCGAGGUGGUUUAAUCUUGGCUGCUGAUUAUUCCCAACUUGAACUGAGGAUCCUUGCUCAUUUGUCUGAUGACCGUCGGCUCAUUCAGGCCUUGAACAGUGGAGCUGAUGUCUUCAAGAGCAUUGCGGCUGAAUGGAAGAUGAUUGAUCCUGAAGCUAUUAGGGAUGAUACCAGGCAGCAAGCAAAGCAGAUCUGCUAUGGAAUCAUCUAUGGAAUAGGAGCAAAAUCUUUAGGAGAGCAGAUGGGUGUUGAGGAAAAUGAUGCUGCUAGCUACAUUGACUCCUUCAAAUCUAGAUACAAAGGAAUUCAGAAGUUCCUGCGGGAGACGGUGAACAACUGUAGCAGGGAUGGUUUUGUGAAGACCAUUCUGGGGAGGCGCAGAUACCUGCCGGCUAUCAGAGACCCCAACCCGUACAGCAAAGCUCAUGCAGAGCGGCAAGCUGUGAAUACAACUGUUCAGGGUUCUGCCGCUGACCUUGUCAAAACAGCUACUGUGAACAUUCAGAGGCGGCUUGAAGCUUUCCCCUCCACAAUCAAGUCCCAUGGACACCUGGAGAACUCGUUUCAGAUGGACAGGGCAGGAAGGUUAGAGAGGAGGAGAAACAGAAGGAUGUUACACCCCAUCACGGGAGGUUUCUUCAUCCUCCAACUUCAUGAUGAGCUCCUCUAUGAAGUUGCAGAAGAUGAUGUAAUUCAGGUAGCUCAGAUUGUCAAGCAUGAGAUGGAGAACGCCAUGAAGCUUUCAGUGAAACUGAACGUUAAAGUGAGGAUUGGGCCCAGCUGGGGAGACCUUCAGGACCUGGAGCUGUAGGUGUGAAAUGAACCCCCAGCUUGCAACAGCACUGCAACCCCACAGGCAUGGCAGGCUGAAUGCAGCUUGACCCUGGGCAAGGACUGAAUUUGAAGCAUGCUUACUGCUGGAUCCAGCUGUUGGAGAAACUGGAGUUGGGGAGCCCUCUUAUGAAUUCACACAGGCAAAACUUUGAGAGAAGGCACUCAGUGCAGCGGGGAACAUUUCAAGGUGUAUAAAUAUUAAUUGCUGUAAGUGUAAAAUUGAAUGGAAUUCAUGUUAAAAUAUGUUCACUGAUAUAAUUUAUAGAAAACAAUGAAUUUGCUGCAUCCAAAUCCAGAUGAACUUUUUUUAACAAAACAAAGCACGAGCAUCAUUCAGGGAGAGGCUGUGUGGAAUUGUGCACAGGGCAAAAGAACAGCAUGUUUGUAUUUAGGAUCAGACUUACUGCUUAGCCACUGUGCUGGGCCCUGCUGGGGGCUUUUUACAAUGCAAAUUGGAGCUAUUAAAGUGUGCAACAGUUUUACAAAUGUCUGUGUAAUAGGCUGAGUGGUUUUUCCCAUGUGAUGCGUGUCAGCUGGAAGAGAGACCUCUCCUUACUAGAGGUGACACUGGCCUGUGAAGGGUUUAAUAUCUGAUACAAGGGUCUGGGUCAGCAGUUCUUUGUUCCCUGCUGUCUCGAUCAGGAUCAUCUUAAAAUUGACCCUUAGGAUCAUAUUGUUUGGGUUCUAACUGCAAAACCUCUUUAAAAAUAAAGGCCUGGACUAGGACGACCAAUUAAAAA